AUGGGCUCAGAGACUUUCCUGGAAGUGAUUCUGGCGAUUCUUCUGCCUCCCGUCGGCGUUUUCCUCCGCCAUGGUUGUGGGGUAGAGUUUUGGAUAUGUUUGUUGUUGACUUUGUUUGGUUACAUCCCCGGGAUCAUCUAUGCUAUCUACGUUCUUGUGGGAUGA